AUGAGGUCCUCCAAAGAGUCAAUUUUUAUAACUUGCAUUAUCUUUCUUGCUAUCUGUACACAAAUCUGCACAAUUGCAAGCAGUGAAAGUCAUUCCCCAAAACAGAAGGGAAAUAUUUGUAUUUACGAAGUGACAAUAGGAACAACUUGCACCCGGGGUGCAGAAACCUCAAAUUCAGUUAACCUGAGAUUUGGUGACAGAAAAUCAAAUGACAUUUUAGUAAACCGCUUGAAUUCCAAGCAUGUAAGAAGAGUUGAUCCAUUGGAGCCUCAAGUUCUUGAUGACAUUCCCAGAAAGCCAUUUCAAGCUUGCAUGGUGGAUCAGUUCCAAGUUAAAGGCCAUUGUGUGAAAUCGCCCAUCUGUUAUCUUUAUCUUAAACUAGUCGGGCACGAUGACUGGCGGCCGGGUUUUGUGCAAGUUCGGAUGUUAGAUGAACCCUAUUUCAGCUCAGAAUAUUUCUAUUUCAGGCGAUAUUUGCCCCGUCUUGUGUGGCACGGUUCUGAUGUGUGUGACACCAAAAUCACUCCUUUCGGGGUCAAGUACACGAGGAAAGUCUUCCCAAAGAAAAAUGUAAAACCUUAA